CACUUUUGGAAGGCGGUCCGCUAAUAUGUCCAUUAAAAGAUAUGUCUUUUCAUCGUGUUCAUUAUCAAUGAACGGUUGCCAAGGUGAUGAUCAUGACCCAAGAGCUCCCAUUGGAACCAUUGAAACUCGGACUUUUCCCGCUGUUUCUACUCCGGCAUUGGCCGUAGAAAGUCUCAACGCAGCCAUUGCUGAUAUGCAAUCACAGCCUUCAGCUUCUGACUCCGGAAUCAUCCGUCUUGAGGUGCCAAUACUAGAGCAAAUUGAAGCACUGGACUGGCUUCAUUCACAAGACCAAAGUCUUCAUCUCCCACGCUGCUUCUUUUCCGGUAGAAAUCGAAUCACCAUUUCUGAUUUAUCUCAGAGCAUCAAUGGCAAUGCCUUCAAUCCCCGUACUUCCACUUCAGUCGAAGACAACGACGUCGUUAGCGUUGCUGGGGUGGGCUCUGCCGUCCUCUUUCGCAGCCUUCAUCCCUUUUCUUAUCAUGAUUGGCUCUCAAUCAAGAGGUUUUUGUCCAAGAACUGCCCUCUGAUUCGGGCAUAUGGAGCUAUUCGGUUUGAUGAGAGGGCAAGCAUAUCACCAGAAUGGAAGGCUUUUGGUUCAUUUUACUUCAUGGUUCCUCAGGUUGAGUUUGAUGAACUAGAAGGCAGUUCAAAAAUUGCUGCAACUAUUGCUUGGGACAAUGCUCUCUCAUGUACAUAUCGAAAUGCAAUAGCUUCCCUUAAAAUGACAAUGGCCAGGGUUUCCUCUGUUGUUACGAGGCUAAGGCAAGAAGCUUCUCAUGCUUAUAUAACAAGUACUGAUCAUGAUCCCAGCAGAAAAUCAUGGGACAAAUCUGUAAACCAGGCUUUGGAAAGGAUAAAGGGAGACUAUUCACUAUUAAAAAAGGUUGUACUUGCACGUAGUAGCAAAGUUGUGACGUCGACAGAUGUUAACCCUUUGGCAUGGUUGGGUAGUCUAAAGGGUGAGGGAAAAGAUGCUUAUCAAUUUUGUCUUCAACCUCCAGAAUCUCCAGCAUUCAUUGGUAACACUCCAGAGCAACUAUUCCGUCGUGAUGAGUUCAGCAUUUUUAGUGAAGCUUUGGCUGCAACCCGAGCUAGAGGAGGAUCAGAGUCUUUAGAUCUUCAGAUAGCACAUGACUUAUUCUCCAGUCCCAAGGACCACCACGAGUUUGCCAUAGUACGAGAAAACAUAAGAAGAAAACUAGAGGCUGUGUGUUCCAGUGUAGUAAUUAAUCCAGAGAAAGUUGUAAGAAAGCUGUCCAGGGUUCAACAUCUUUAUGGUCGAUUUUCUGGGACAUUGCGAUCUGAAGAUGAUGAGUUCACAAUAUUGUCUUCCCUUCACCCAACUCCAGCAGUUUGUGGCUUUCCUACUGAAGUGGCACGGGAUUUUAUUACAGACACUGAAAUGUUUGACCGAGGGAUGUAUGCUGGUCCUGUUGGUUUCUUUGGAGGAAGACAGAGUGAGUUUGCUGUUGGAAUCAGGUCUGCUUUGAUUGGAAAGGGCAUUGGUGCACUAAUUUAUGCUGGACUUGGCAUAGUUGAAGGAAGUGAUCCAGCUCUAGAAUGGGAGGAGUUGGAGCUCAAGGCAUCACAGUUUAUGAAAUUGAUGAAACUAGAGGUGCCCACAUUGGCAACAACAGUGUAGUAGGAGGAAUGAACAAACACAAGUCCAGCUGGUGGUAGAUAUUGGAGUUGUUAAAUAUUCAAAAUCCUGCAAAAUUUGCAGAUUGCUCGGACAAAGUUUAGCAUUCACUCAUUUGCGUAAUGAUUAAUGCAUCAUCUUCAGCAUAAGCAGCUGGGCAGAUUAAGGAAUACUUGUUGAUGUUGGAUGUAAAGAAGUCUUCUCCUUUUUCUUCUUUUUUCUUUUCACUGUUAUGUGGCUUCAUCUAAGCUACCAAACUCUUAUUGUAAGAAUGCUUUAAUGUCUUUCUCCAGUUAUAUGACAUACCACAGAA